GUUAAAGGGCGUGACAUAUGGGGGAUUCCUGCGAGCUCAGCCAGUUCAUGGGUAUGGAAGAAAGUACUUAAAUGCAGAGGAUUGGCUCACUCUCAUAUCACUGGAGCAGGAGUUCAAGUUAUACAUAGGCAGUACAAUAGAACUACAGAAGAUGGCCAAGGAUGUGCUGGGCUUAUAGGUUCUGUUUUUUUUUGUUUUCAAUUACUUACUGGUAUAGGUUUAUUGGAGUGUAAAACGUUGAUAUUUUGAGAGGGAGGUUGCGAGUUGCACCUCCCCGGGCUUCAAUACAAUUUUGAUUAACCAUAAAAAAAA